AUGCAGACUGCUUCUACAAACAUAUGUGAAAGAAUGGGUCGCUCUCAUGAGCUCAGGGAAUUUAAGCGUGGUACCGUGAUAGGUUGCCACCUGUGCAAUAAGUCCAUCCGUGACAUUUCCUUGCUACUAAAUAUUCCACGGUCAACUGUUAGUGGUAUUAUAACAAAGUGGAAGCAACUGGGAACAACAGCAGCUUAGCUACAAAGUGAGUGGGGUCAGCGCAUGCUGGAGCGCACAGUGCACAGAAUUCAUCAACUGUCUGCAGAGUCAAUAGCUAAAGUGUACUUCAUGUAACUUUCAGAUUAGCACAACAACAGUGCAUAGAGAGUUUCAUGGAAUGGGUUUCCAUGGC